ACAUGGCCCUGCGUAACCGCAGCAGGUACUGUCUGCAGUCCCUCACACGGCAGAACCAGACUGUGAUAGGGGGCUGUGUCAGCACCAUGGAGACUGUCUAUGUCAACUACACCAACAACAUGAGCGACGACGUGGCAGAGGAGAUCUUUUGCAGCGAGUACGAGAUGUUCCUGAAAUGCGUCACGGCAGUCCUGAACACAGUGAAGCCCUGCCAUGACACAUCAGUAGAAACCGUCAUCGGUUCUGCCUACACGAACUACUCUCUCACGGCCAACUAUGAAUGUGGCGUCAGGGACAGGGAUUCCCGGAGUGGUCAGCCCUCCUUCCUGAGACAGAAUUGUCUCAGCCUGUGGAUGAACAUGACCUCUGUAGUACUGUGCCUCAUCUUGGUCAUGAGGCAGAGCCUUUAGAUUGCAUGUUAACGUUAGGUCAGUCAGUUGAUCCUGUUGCAACCAAUUUCCGGUUGUUGUUGUAGCAGGUCUUAACCAAUUAGUGAUUCUGAAGUUGGCUUCACACUAAAAGCGCUGCUCAUAUGUUACACAAAAUUUACUUGCCAUUAAAAUUGUCAGUUUACUUUUAUAGAAUAUAACAAUCCAUAGCAAAUGUAUGCUCAGGUUACGGGCUUACGCGAGAAAAAUAGGAUAUUUGCGUCAUUCAAUAAUGGUUAAUGGAUAAUUGUUGUUACUUGUAUGUAUAUAUAUAUAUAUAUAUAUAUAGGGAGAGAGAGAGCAAACUAGUGUGUUCUCAUGAUGAGUGUUUUGUUGGUACAUUAUGUAUUUCCGGUGCCAGCUUAAAUCUAGUGAUAAUGGCAUAUAUUAGUCAUAAAAAGGGACCAUACUUUAUACUGUUUUGUAUACAUAUUCAGAAGAAGGUCAAACAUAUUUUAGAUCACAUUUGAUUUAACGCUUUUGCUGUAAAACGGAAGAGUUUAAGUUACGUUUUUUAAACCAUUAUGAACUAGGUAAAUUGAAAGAGAAAGAAAACAUACAUUGCUAGUAUUUGAGAACUUUUGUUCUUAUAAAGCCAUUGAUGAAUACAUAGCUUGAAAGGAAAAUACAAACGUAGGUAGUAUGUUCGGUUUCCUCUUUUUUUAUUCAUACAUCAUAUUGAGAACUUAGAUUAGGUGUUUUGUUGCAAUUGGUAUGUAUGUUUAACGUUAACGUUA